AGGCGACGAGGUGAGGACCUGGUGACGCGUCAAGAUGAUGACGAGGAUGAAGCGGCGAUAGAAGACGACGACGACGAUGAUGAUGAUGAUGAGGAGGAGGAAGAUGACGAGGAGGCAUCGCGCAUGGCUUCUGGAAAAGCCCCCGGCUACCAGAAUUGCAUUAAGUCCGAAGCGCACCCGACACGACCAGCGGCCCACGCGCGCUGGGACGCGGGCAGGGACAACGCCGGGGAGACAAAGACGGACGGGGAGAUGGAGCAGUCCACGGGAGGCGUCGGCCCGGACCCCAGGAGCUCUCUGGCGCAAGCGGGACGGGACAAGAAGAGGCAGAGCCUCCUCACGCUGCACUGGCUGGAUGAGAACUACAUGGUGUGUGAGGGCGUGUGCCUGCCGCGCUGUAUCCUCUACACUCACUACCUCGACUUCUGCCGCAAGGAACACCUGGAGCCCGCCUGCGCCGCCACCUUUGGCAAGACCAUCCGGCAGAAGUUCCCGCACCUCACCACCCGGCGACUGGGCACGCGCGGUCACUCCAAGUACCACUACUACGGGAUCGGUAUCAAGGAGAGCAGCGAGUACUACCAUGCCGUCUACUCGGGGAAGGGCCUCACCCGGUUUUCUGGGAGCAAGAUUAAGAGCGAGGGAGGCUUCACGCGUAAAUACUCGCUGAGCUCCAAAACCGGCACUCUCCUUCCAGAGUUCCCCAGCGCCCGCCACCUCAUCCUACCUGCGUCCGUGUCCAGAGACAAGGCCGACACGCUGAUCACGAUGUACAAGACCCACUGCCAGUGCAUCCUGGACAAUGCCAUCAACGGCAACUUUGAGGAGAUCCAGAACUUCUUGCUGCACUUCUGGCAGGGCAUGCCCAGCCACCUACUGCCCCUCUUGGAGGAGGCCGCCAUGGUGGACGUCGUCUGCGUCUGCGACUCCAUCUUGUACAAGGUCCUCACCGAUGUCCUCAUCCCGGGAACGAUGCAGGAAAUGCCGGACAGCCUGCUGGUGGACGUGCGGGGGCUGGCGCGCCACUGGGACCGCUGGGCCAGCUCGUCGCUGGAGACGCUGCCAGCGCUGCUUUCCGAGCGCAAGCUGCCCAUCGCAAGGCGCUUCUCGGCGUCGCUCAAGCGGCAGACGUCGUUCCUGCACCUGGCGCAGAUCGCGCGGCCGACGCUGUUGGACCAGGCGACGGUGAGCGCUAUGGUGCGCGACGUGGAGCGCGUGGACCUCAACUCGCUCGGCUCGCAGGCGCUGCUCAUGCCGCCCGGCGGCGCCGCCGAUGACCCCGAGUUCGACUCCGACCCCGAGUAUGACUCGGUGGUUGUGUUCCAAGAGUUGAGGGAUCUGCUGAAGAGCGGUGCCACGGUGGAGGCGUUCAUCGAGUGGCUGGACCAGGUCCUGGAGAACCGGGUGAUCAAGCCGAGCAAGCAGAACGGGCGCACGCUGAAGAAGAGGGCUCAGGACUUCCUGCUGCGCUGGAGCUUCUUCGGGGCGCGCGUCAUGCACGGCCUCACGCUCAACAACGCCUCCAGCUUCGGCUCGUUUCACCUGAUCCGCAUGCUGCUGGACGAGUACAUCCUGCUGGCCCUGGAGACUCAGUUCAACAACCACAAGGAGCAGGAGCAGCAGAGCCUGCUCGACAAAUACACGCGCAACGGAGACGCGAGCCGCACUACCCUCAGCGCCACCCCCAGCUCGUGCUUUCUGGCGAGCCGGGCCAAGGCUUGCUUGGCCCUGACCCCAGGGCCCGAGAGGGUCAAACGCGAGACCACCGCUCCGGCUCUGCUGCAACCUUUGCAGCAGCAGCAACAGCAGCAUCAGCAGCACGCGUACCACGACCAGCAGAGGCACCACCACCACCACAACCACCACCACCACGAAAGCCAACAGCAUCAUCAUCAUCAGCAGCAACAGCAGCAUCAUCAUCAUCAGCAGCUGUCACCCAUGAGAUGCGGCCUCUACUCCUCCAUGCUGGGAAGCCACGAAGCGACUCUUGCAGACUACCCGGCAGGUCACCCGGAGCUGUUGCUGAGCCGCGGCAGCGUCAUCAUGAACCAGCCGCCGCCACCGCCCGGCCGGCCCGUGGCCCCCUCUGAGCGCGGCGGGGGCCGCUGCGGCCCGGGGCCCCCCCAGGUCGCGCCAGCCGCCCCCCCGCCGGCUCACGGCUACGCCGAGGCGGCCUAUGACAACUCCCUCGACUACUAUCCCGGCAGCAGCUACGGACGAUCCCACCACCACCACCACGAGCAGCAGCAGCUACAGCUGCACCACCACCAGCAGCAACACCACCACCAGCACCACCACCAGCACCAAGACAGCAGCAAUGGCAACAACAGCCACCACAAUCGUACGGGCAACAGCGUCUGCAGCAACAACAUCAUCGUCGUCGACAGCAGCAGCAGCAGGAGUCAUAACAACACCAACAACAACAGUAGCGGUGGCGGCGGUGGCCGCGAGGCCUCGCAAGGCAACGUCUACGCCACGUCGCCGUUCCGCCAGCGUGGAGGCUACGCGCCGCCGCCGCCAUUCCACGCGGGGGCCGCGUACGGCCACGCGGCGUUCGCGACGGGGCCGCGUGGAGGCUGCGGAGUUGACGGCGGCUACGGCUACGGGCUGCCGACGGGCGGCGCGGGGGGCGAUGGCGGCGUGGACGCGGGGUUCUCGUGCGCCGCCACGGGCCCAGGCUUCUACGGCGCUGGCGCUCUAGCCGGCCGUGCCGUGCCGGUCAUCAGCUGCCACGGCGCGUCGCGGGCCCCGGAGCGGCCCGACCCUCUGGGGCUGCUCUGCGGCGGAGAACCCCCCGGUUACUACGGCGACGGCAAGCAUCACGGUUACUACGGCGACCACAAGGCUGACGACGGUUGCUACGGGGCGAGGAAGGCGGAGGAGGAGUAUGGCUGCUGCUCGUCCGCGGGCGACGCAGAUGCGUCGCUGUCCCAGUGCAUGUACGACAGCAGGGCGGCUCUCUACAGCUCCCAGCAUGCCCUGCACUACGCCCAGCACGCGUCGUCGCAUCCGCAGCAGCAGCAGCCGCAGCAGCCGCCCCUCCCGCCCAUCGCCACCGUCUUCAUGGACCAGAUCACGGGCGAGAGCUGAACCGACCAACGUCUGCCCGGCAUGUUCCGAGCGGCUACGGCGAUCGUGAUGAUCUGCAACAGCGGCGGCAACGAUCAGCGAUCUCUCUUUCGCGCGGCCGACGGUGUCGAUGCAGAACACCGGCUACGAUUUCACAUUCAAAGUUCAAAGUUCAUUUAUUAGGUAUAGCCCUGUGAGCCAUUCGGCUCUUGAAUCGGGUGCAACCGCAACAAACAAAAAACUAAAACAUGAACAAGAAAACAUCUUAAAGUGACUGAGUGCAAACAGAAAAUCCAAGAAAAAACAGCAAAAUAUUGCAGAAAAAUCACCGUACACCAACCCUGUGCAAAUAUCCCAGUGGGAUGCAAGUCAAACAACAACAACCACAAGACAACUUAGAUUAAGGCCAUCAGUCUAACUCUGUACUACAACAAACAAAUAUGGCCAAACCAAAAAACUUUUCGAAAAUCACCAAAAUAAAGCCAAGACAGACAACAGCGUCAGGAGCAGCGCAGUAGUGGCGUGUCGCCGUGAUGUCUCCUUCUUCGUAAUUCGUGGAUCGGGGGCAUUGCGUCGUUACGCGUUGCUACUGCCCGUUCUGGAUGACCAACAGUCACGGCACACUGCUACUGGAGAGUUUUUAUUUUCAUGUUUCCCAUUUGUGCAUCCGGUAUCAGCAUCUACUGCUGCCAUGGUUUGUGCGGUUGAGGUUGGACCACGAGCGAUGUUCAGCGCCGCGUUCCGAUCGUCAAAACCAGCAAGAUCAGCCUGGGGUUGCCACCCUUCCGUCUGAUGGACGUGGCAAACGAAAUCUAAGAUGCAGCGUGGGGAGAAGAGGAAUAAUAUCUCACGGUCGCGGAAGAUGGGGAGGGUGGGGGGGGUGGAGAACCACGUGGGCACGCAUCGUCUUGAGUGGUGAAUAAUCCUUGUUGUUGUUGUUGUGUUUAUUAUCACGCAACUAACAAACAGCUGCUGCCUCAAAUUUCGAUUUAAAGCUUUCGUGACUGCAGGGAUUCAUCUUCUUGGUUCUUUCGGUAAAGUCACGUAGAAGGGAAAUAAUAAAAUAAUAAAAAUAAAACAUAACAAAAUAAUUCUCACGACGUUUCGGCUGCAACGCAAGCAGCCGUCCUCAGGUGAAGAAUGAAGCACCACCAAGCUCCAAGCUUUAUAUUUUUUAUAUUUUAUCAUGUUUAAUUGUUAUUAUUUUAUUAUUUCCCUUCUACGUGACUUUACCGAAAGAACCAAGAAACUGCUGCCUCGUGAACGAGGACGAUCCCCGGGGAGAACCGGGACGGUUGGCAACUCCACCGCACCACGGGGGGAUCAGCUGUAUUUUUUUAUUUUGGUUCAAAUGUUUUUUUUAUUUACUUACCCAGCCCCUUAAUUUCUCACCCAGUGUGAUGUAUCCGGGUCGCUGGUAGACUUGAGUAGGUGGCACGUGACUGUUGUAGCUGAGGCACAGAUAUAUAUUUUUUGCCGGUCGCUGGUAGACCAAGCUGAAAUUCAGCCCCGCUUCAACAAAUACGCAGGCUACAGUACAAAGACAAAGGUCCCCCCCGCUCUGUAUAGCCUUAGCAGGCUGAUGGGGCAAGUGCCGUCAUCUAUUAAGGCCGGCACGUCACACGAGAGGAUGGGUGGCCAGCACCACGCCGGAUAAUCAUUUAGGGCUGAGUCGACCUAGAGGAGGCCCAGCCAUGAGCGGAAAUUGAACUCGUGGUCAACGGUUUAUAGCACAAAACAUGCCAUCAAGUCUGCAUUAACCACCCAUACUUGCGGCAUAUUUUGCCACAAGUACGCAUGGCUAAUGCCUUGCAUGCCACGAUGGCGAGAUGUUAUCUGCCUCGCCUGGUAUGCAGGAGGUCGUGGGUUCGAUCCAGACCCUGACGCCUGCUGUAUAUUUGGAGUUUGCAUGUCGCUCUUCCCCGUGGUGGCGUGGAUUUUUCUCCGGGUCCUCCGGUGUUCCCCUCAAUAUUUAGAAACACGCGCUUAGAAUAUUUGGCUGCUGUACACUUCUACGUGAUAAGCCACUUUGUUGAGCUAUCAUUUGUGGCCAGGACAAAAAAUUGGUUAUACAGCUUAUUGAGCCUUAGCUGGUGAAAGGAAAAUGUAUUUAGAUUGUAUCUAUGUUGUAUUUGAACAUCUUUACAGCUCCUGUUAUAUUGCCACAAACGGUAAAGCCCUACUCAUCAUUUCAAUACCGGCAAAAAAAAAUGUCCCAUGGAUGGUUCGGAGGUCGUGUGUCGCACGUUAACUUCAGUAGCAGAGGUCCCUUGCUUCGUUACGGUCACAGCGGUUCUAAAGUUCUACAGAGAACUGCUUUUUAAAUCCUUUAUAUUAAGUUCGCUUGCUUGCUUGUGACCGUGCAAAUCUUUCGGUCGUUUUUUAACCCACUUCCCGUGAUCCAAUCGAGCUGACAUUUUCCACACAGACUCGUUGUGCGUGACAAUUAAUGUUCGUGAAAAUGUUUUUCCAAAAUUGUACACUUUUAAGGACAAAAAUAUUAUAUUUAAUUACCAAUUGCUUAAUGGUGGCAGGCAAUCAUCUGAUCCAUAGGUGGCAGCCAUCUCAAACCAGAGGACAAGAGGACUCUAGCCGCCACGCAUAUAAAGGAUUUAUAGUGAAAAACUUUGUUUUUACGGGUUAUACAUGUUUGUCUUUAGUUUGUUGUGCUCCCAUCCCCGCAACGCCGCUUAACACGGUUCGCUACGCACGGUGCGAACGAAGGUCUACACACACGCGCGUAUAUACAGAUCACCUCUGUACUGCGACGCACAACCCAUCCAGGAAAAUGCUGUGACUGUCAGACGCAUCCUUUGUUCAUUGUUACGUACAGGGUUAUUUGUUUUUCAUUGUGUGUCUGUGUGUUUGUGUUUCUCUAUAGCGGAUGAUGGUUUUUGUUUGUUAUAUAUAUGAAGUUUGCGCUUAGUCCCUGCAUCUGUUUACAUCGUUUACUGGAAGAGUAGGAUAUAUAUUUUUUAUUUUAUUCCCUGUAAGAGGAACGGAUAUUGUAUCCAGCUGUGCCAUAAGAGGCUACCACCAUCGUCAUCACCAUCAUCAUCGUCGUCGUCAUCAUCAGCCAUGGUCAAUCCACUGCCGGAUGAAAGGAAGACACCACCGCCGCAAAUUACGAUCGCGCACAUCAAUGAACAAUCCACCCAGUGCCCGCACAUUUACCGAUCGCAUCGCUCCGUCUCCAUGGCGGACUUACUUUCGGGCGCGUUCCGUCUCAUUUGCUGCCACUCCGUUAUUAUCCUGCUAGCCACGACGCGUCCUACACAACCCAGAGACUCGCGUAGACCUGCAUUGAGACCCACAGACUCACAUAGAUCCGCACAGAGACCCAGAGACUCACAUAGACCCGCACAGAGACCCACAGACUGACAUAGACCCGCACAGAGACCCACAGACUGACAUAGACCCGCACAGAGACCCACAGACUGACAUAGACCCGCACAGAGACCCAGAGACUCACAUAGACCCGCACAGAGACCCACAGACUGACAUAGACCCGCACAUAGACCCAGAGACUCACAUAGACCCGCAUUGAGACCCAUAGACUGACAUAGACCCACACUGAGACCCAGAGACUCACAUAGACCCGCACUGAGACCCAGAGACUCACAUAGACCCGCACUGAGACCCAGAGACUCACAUAGACCCGCACUGUGACACAUAGACUCACAUAGACCCGCACUGAGACCCAGAGACUGACAUAGACCCGCACUGAGACCCAUAGACUCACAUAGACCCGCACUGUGACCCAGAGACUCAGAUAGACCCGCACUGUGACACAGAGACUCACAUAGACCCGCACUGAGACCCAGAGACUGACAUAGACCCACACUGAGACCUAGAGACUCACAUAGACCCGCAUUGAGACCCAGAGACUCACAUAGACCCGCACCGAGACCCAUAGACUCGCAUAGACCCACACUGAGACCCAGAGACUCACAUAGACCCGCAUUGAGACCCAGAGACUCACAUAGACCCGCACCGAGACCCAGAGACUCACAUAGACCCACACUGAGACCCAGAGACUCACAUAAACCCGCAUAGAGACCCAUAGACUCACAUAGACCCGCAUUGAGACCCAGAUACUCACAUAGACCCGCACUAAGACCCAGAGACUCACAUAGACCCGCACUGAGACCCACAGACUCACAUAGACCCGCAUUGAGACCCAGAGACUCACAUAGACCCUCACUGAGACCCAGAGACUUGCAUAAACCCGCAUAGAGACCCAGAGACUCACAUAGACCCACACUAAGACCCAGAGACUCACAUAGACCCGCACUGAGACCCAGAGACUCACAUAGACCCACAUAGAGACCCAGAGACUUGCAUAAACCCGCAUAGAGACCCAGAGACUCACAUAGACCCACACUAAGACCCAGAGACUCACAUAGACGUACAUUGAGACCCAAAGUGUGUUUAGAGUAUUCCAGCUACUUUAAAUGUCCACGUGAUAAGCCACUUGGUUGAGCUAUCAUUUGUGGCCAGAUCGCUUUUGAAAAAAAACAUUUAUAACUCAGUGCGCCUUAACCUGGUAAAAUAAAAAAAUGAACGAAUUAGUUUUAAUUAAAAAGAGUGGGGAUGAAAACGUAACCGUGGAGGAGAGUAAGCGUGAUUGGGCACGGCGUGUCGCGAGGAGGAGGGUGCUCGAGACGAUCGGUGGAGCCGCCGCCAAGCGGCUCGUCCGCUUGCGGAGACGGAGCGGCGAAAUGAGCCCGAAAUGCGCAGGAGCCACACGGAUCGUCGUAUCGCGCCACCGUGGGACAUGACGGCUGCGUUGGGGAGGGGAGAGGCGUUCAUCCAGCAGUGGAAUAACCUAUGGCUUAUGAUGAUAACGACGAUGAUGUACUGGGUGGCGAGUGUUGGGAGUAGCCAACACCUUGUGAAUUGGACGCACGUAAUACCGGUGCCCGUCCAGCAGUGGAUAGAUCGUGGCUGAUUGAUGAUGAUGACGAUGAUGGAGGUGGUGGUGGCAGGAAGGACAUGAGGACACGAGUCGACGAUCUUUUUCGACUUAAAGCUUUCGUGACUGCAGGGAUUCAUCUUCUUGGUUCUUUCGGUAAAGUCACGUAGAAUGGAAAAAAAUAAAAUAAUUAAAAUAAAACAUCAUAAAAUAAUUCUCACGACGUUUCGGCCACAACGCAAGCAGCCGUCCUCAGGUGAAGAACAGCUCUGUCGAGACGACAGAGUCUAAAUGUUUAUUUUUAUUAUUUUAUUACUUCCUUCUACGUGACUUUACCGAAAGAACCAAGAAGAUGAGUCGACGGUCGUUCAUCUCCGGGUGUCGCCUGCUGUUGGCCGCCCUGCGAGAGCGUGGAGCGGAUUUAUUUCGAUCUCGAUUUGAAGCUUUCGUGACUGCAGGAAUCCAUCCUCUGAUUAUUACGGUAAAGUCACGAAAGAACCAACGAGUACGGAUUCAUCAUGGGACCUCCUUUGCCAGUACCAAAAUAUACUAAUAGGGUUUUUCCCCUUUUUUCUGGCAACAAAACUGACACCUUUUGCAAGGAAUCAUGUUUACAUUAACCACAAUACUUGCAGUCAAAUGCAAACAAAAAACAAUACUCUGGUAAUUUAUGCAUUGUCUUUGGAACUGAUUGGUCCACACCAGAGACAGCUUUCUUUGGAGCCUCGUCUCAUAUGGUGUUCGACCAAAAGUACGGAUUCAUUUCGUUAUUCACGGCGUCGCAUUCGGUCGGUUCUCGUCGCGCCGUCGAACGACGGGGCCGAGAGACACGUGGCCGCCCGGGCCUUCGCGGCCCUCCCGGCCUGCCCUCUUCAGCGGUGAAACCUCCCAGCGGCGCGUUGUCCGACGUUUCGCUCCACGUUCCGCGGCAGGAGCUUCUUCGGGAACUCGACGAGCCGCUCGCUUGUUUUUACCGUGCUCCCCGAACGAUUUCGCGCCGCUGGAUGCUGCUGCUGCUGCUGCCGCCGCCGGUGAUGGCCGGUUCCUGAUGGAGGUCGCGCGGCACGUGGAGCGAAACGUCGGACACCGUGGCAAACGACGCACGGCGCGGCGACACGACCCGAAUGCUCGUCGGCGGGCAGGAGGCUGCGGCGGUGUUGUUUUGUUUUUGUGUUGCACUGCGAGAAGGGAUGGUCUCGCUCUUUAUUUAAUGACGAGGUUGUAUGUUGUUGUGCGUGUGUGUGGGGAGCGGUGGUGCAGCGGUUAGCGCGCUGCGCUACGAACCCGGCGACCCGAGUUCGAUUCCCGCUCACGGCCAACACCGGUGACGAUUAUCUGAACAGAUCACGGGCCUCUCCUAGGUCGACUCAGCCUCAAAUGAGUACCUGGUGCGUUGUGUAAAAACAUCGCGACUGGGGAGACAAAGGCGACCGGGCGUGGUGCUGGCCACCCACCCCCUCGUGUGCCGUGCCGGCCUUCAUAGGGGCUCGCUAACAGCCUUUGCCCCAAAAACCUGUUGAGGCUUUUAAGGCAGGAUCUUUGAAUUGGUUCUUGUUUAACAGUGGGGAGCGGUGGCGCAGUGGUUAGGGCACUGCGGCUACGAAGCCGACGACCAAGAACGCGUGAGCCCAGCGUUGGGCCUCCUCCCCUACUUCGGUCGGUCGACUCAGCCUUAAAUGAGUACUGCAACCGGUGCGGUGUGCGAACAUCAGCAUCGGGGAGACAAAGGUGGCUGGGCGUGGUUUUGGCCACCUGCCACUUCUUGUGCUGUGCCGGCCUUCAUAGGUGCUCGCUAACAGCACUUGCCCCAAUAGUCUGUUAAAGGCUAUACUGGGAAUCUUUGUUUUUAGUUGUCCCAGUGUCGGAAUUGAUUACCCUUGGAGUUUGUUUUCUGAAAUUUGUUUUGGGACGAGCGUGAU